AUGCCGCUGAACAUAAGAACUGUUUUACAAAAUAACGCCCAAAAAUAUUUCUGGGUAGCACCACCACCACCACCACCACCACCACCACCACCACCACCACCAACACCACCACCACCAACACCACCACCACAACCAGCAGAUUUUCCAGGAGCAGGAGGAGGAGCUGAAAGAGGAGUCCUGGAAGGAGCUGCUGCAGGAUUGGAAGCUCCAGGAGCAGCAGUCCCCAUAGUCCCCCCACGACCUGAUGCUGCUAUCGCAGGUCUUGCAGCCCUCAUUGGCCAAGUGGUUGAGCCUGCGAGGCAGGCCCAGGUGAUUGCAUUGGUCAACCAGGUUGUGGAGGCGACAGUACAGGAGAGACUGAGGGAGAGAGAGAAAAAGAAGAAGAAGAACAGAGGAAAGAAGCAGUGGGUGCCAAGAGCCGGUGGUGGUAUUCUUCUUGAUGUCUCAUCCCAAUCUCUACUAGUCUGCGCUGCGCCUCAUCCAGCCGCAGUUCGUUUUCCCGAUGAUCUUCAAGGUUCGGUAACGGAUCAACGUGGAGAUUGGUAA